CAAGGCAUCACGCAAUGCGCCCUACGGAGUACUCCGACCUAUGCCAAUACCUGAUGGACCAUGGAUGGAUGUAUCGAUGGAUUUUGUCACAGACCUUCCGGAGAGUGAUGGGUACAAUGCAAUUCUAGUUGUGGUGGAUAGACUAACCAAAAUGCGACAUUUCAUACCCACAACUAAAGAGGCGGAUUCAAAAGAAGUAGCGAGGUUAUAUAUCGAUAAUGUUUGGAAAUUACAUGGACUCCCUGAAACUAUGGUAUCUGAUCGAGGAACACAAUUUGUUGCGGAAUUCUGGAGGUCACUUUGCGAUCGUUUGGAAAUAUCGCCAAAAUUCUCUACAGCGUUUCACCCCCAGACGGAUGGACAAACGGAAAGAAUCAAUGCUGUGAUGGAACAAUACCUUCGAAGUUAUGUUUCUUAUCAACAGGACGACUGGGUUCGAUGGUUGCCAAUGGCCGAGUUUGCAACAAAUAACCAUGCUUCUGAAACGACGAGAAUCUCUCCAUUUUACGCCAACUCAGGGAGGAAUCCAAGAAUGACUUUUGGUCCUUUGGAACAUGGUAGGACGACAGCGGAGGAUCAGGCCAAUAGUAUUGCAAGGGAGAUGAAGGAUAUAUUGGAUUUUCUAAAGGAUGAAUUAUUUCGAGCGCAAAGGAUUCAAGAAGAGUCCGCCAAUAUACGUCGAACUCCAGCACCUCACUAUCGAGUAGGAGAUCGAGUUUUCUUAUCAACACGCCAUGUCCUCACCAAACGACCAUCGAAGAAACUUGAUUGGAAACGCAUUGGACCAUACAUCGUGAAGCGGAUCGUUAGUCCUUAUGCCUGUGAGUUGGAACUUCCUCGUUCCAUGAAAGUUCAUCCCGUAUUCCAUGUCUCUUUAUUGUCGUCUGCAGCAAACGAUCCUUUACCAGGACAACAACAGUUACCACCACCGCCGGUCGAAGUUGAAGGACAGGAGGAGUGGGAAGUCGAGGAUAUUUUGGAUUCCAGGGAUCGUCGGGGAAGAUUUGAAUACUUGGUUAAGUAUGCCGGUUAUGACGAAGCUUCGUGGCAGCCAUUGUCGGAUUUCGAACAUUCGCCCGAUAUUGUCAAACGAUUUCACAAACGAUAUCCACGGAAGCCUAAGCCUACCAGGAGGUAG